AUAACCCACUUAACAAAUUUAUAUAAAACUGAUAAUAUUUUAUCAGAAAACAGACAAAGUUUAAUGCAAAGCAGUUUAUGUACUUAAAUCUUAAAAUAACAAAGAGGUUUUUACAUUAAAUUAGUUUACUUUUUUAUCUUGUUUUUGUUAUGCGUUUUACCUUUUUUUGUACACAGCAAUAUAAAUGUAGUGUUGGUGAAGAUACAGACUAAAGUGAACCAAAAUGGAGCUACUUAACACUAAAAUAAUUGCAGUGUUAGCAUUGGGAAUAAGCACGUUGUUUGUCGGAUUAUUACCAGCAUGUUUUAGCAAGCAGAGCACGCAAUGGCCCCUAUUGCUCUCCUCCAUGCUGUGUUUUGGAGGAGGCGUUUUACUCUCAACUUCAAUAGUACACAUCCUCCCUGAAUUAAGGGAGGACCUACCAGACCACGCCGAACUGAUAUUUUGUGCCGGAUUUUUUAUUCUUUAUUUAUUAGACGAAGUAGUCCAUUAUUUCUACGGAGAAACGCACGAUGGCGAAAUAAUAUCGGUUUUCAAUGGAAGUCACAGUCAUUCCCCCUUAAGAAGACAUUCUUCCCACUAUGGGUCCACAGAAAAAGACCCUCUUGUGAUGGAGCACAGACAGCCCCCCUACAACCCGAGCUUUUUUAAGGCGAGAAGUGAAAGUUAUUUGAUUGAGGAAGAUAGGGCCCCUUCACAGUUGUGUCAUGUUGGGCAUCAGGAGCCUUGUCACACUACACCUACAGUCAACAUAGGUUUAUUAGUUGCUCUGUCAGUGCAUGCUCUUCUUGAAGGGUUGGUAGUGGGUCUAGAAAGUCUACCUCACCAAGUUUUACUAUUAUUAGGUGCCAUUGCUUCCCACAAACUGGUGGUGGGUUUUGUGUUAGGUGUUGAAUUAGCCUCAAAUACUUCUACGACAUACUGCAGACACUUUACAUGCAUAUUUAUCUUCACCUUAGGUUCUGUAGCUGGCAUUAUAUUGGGCAUGAUAAUUACAAACACACAAAAUGAUUUUAUAACUGUGAUAAUACCUAUUUUACAGGGUUUAGCUGGAGGAACCCUUUUGUAUGUGACUGUAAGUGAAAUAAUACCAAGAGAAAGAGCCAGAUGGCAUCAACAGCACAACCAAAAGUCCGCGGGAAUUUUUCAAUUCAUUUCUGUGGCCUUUGGAUUUGUACUUAUGACUAUAGUUACUAAAUACUUAGAUUAUGAUGGACAUUAACAAUCAUUAUAUGGACUAUAAUGAAAAUGUGAUAUUUUUUACAAUUUAGUGCUGUUUUUUAAGGUAUUUAAUAUUUGUUGUUAAUAUUAUUACUUAUUAUUGUUAGUGACAAUUUAUAAAUGUUUUUAUAAUAAAAAAUUUACUCA